GGGAGAGAGGGAGGGAGGGAGGGAGGGAGGGAGGGAGCCAAGGAAGACGCUCCGACAACCCGUGCGUUUCGUAAGGCUCGGAGCACUUGUACAUUUCUGCAGCCGCGCGGCGAGCCAUUCGCGGGCGGCUGCUGCAGCUCCUACUGCGUCUUCCUUCUCCUCCCUUCCUCGGACUCCGGGUGUGUGUAUGUGUGAGUGUGUGUGUGUUGCAGGUGUGUGGGGUGUCCGUUUUAAUUCUGCCCAGUAGGUGGGACUUGGUGACUUUAGCACCAUUUUUUCCUCUUCCCUUUUUUUUUUUUUUUUUUUUGACUCCCCACCGUCUGUUGCAACCCUGCAAAGUCUCGGAGUCGGAGAGCGUGCCUCGCUUCCAGAGCCCCCGGACCCGGCGAGUCAGCGAUCGCUGAGCCGGCCACCAUGCCCGGCAGACCGCGCCACUAGGCGCUCCUAGCGGCUCCCACCCGGCGGCGACGGCGUCGGCCGCGAUGGUUUCAGACGCUGAAGGAUUUUGCAUCUGAUCGCUCGGCGUUUCAAAGGCAGAGGCCCCCCUCCCCCUUCCCCCUCCCUCACCGUCUUUGUUUCCUUCCCCCCCUGCUCUCCCCACUCCCCCCACCCCACCCCCCUCUCCUCUCCUCCUCCUCUUUUUUAGAAGCAGCGAUCGGAGAUGGAUGUCUCUCUUUGCCCAGCCAAGUGUAGUUUCUGGCGGAUUUUCUUGCUGGGAAGCGUCUGGCUGGACUAUGUGGGCUCCGUGCUGGCUUGCCCUGCAAAUUGUGUCUGCAGCAAGACUGAGAUCAAUUGCCGGCGGCCGGACGAUGGGAACCUCUUCCCCCUCCUGGAAGGGCAGGAUUCAGGGAACAGCAAUGGGAACGCCAGCAUCAACAUCACGGACAUCUCAAGGAAUAUCACUUCCAUACACAUAGAGAACUGGCGCAGUCUCCACACGCUCAACGCGGUAGACAUGGAGCUCUAUACCGGACUCCAAAAGCUGACCAUCAAGAACUCAGGACUUCGGAGCAUUCAGCCCAGAGCCUUUGCCAAGAACCCCCACUUGCGUUACAUAAACCUGUCAAGUAACCGGCUCACCACACUCUCGUGGCAGCUCUUCCAGACGCUGAGUCUUCGGGAAUUGAGGUUGGAGCAGAACUUUUUCAACUGCAGCUGUGACAUCCGCUGGAUGCAGCUCUGGCAGGAGCAGGGAGAGGCCAGGCUGAACAGCCAGAACCUCUACUGCAUUAACGCUGAUGGCUCCCAGCUUCCUCUCUUCCGCAUGAACAUCAGUCAGUGUGACCUUCCUGAGAUCAGCGUGAGCCACGUCAACCUGACCGUACGAGAGGGUGACAAUGCUGUCAUCACUUGCAAUGGCUCUGGAUCACCCCUUCCUGAUGUGGACUGGAUAGUCACUGGGCUGCAGUCCAUCAACACCCACCAGACCAAUCUGAACUGGACCAAUGUUCAUGCCAUCAACUUGACGCUGGUGAACGUGACGAGUGAGGACAAUGGCUUCACCCUGACGUGUAUUGCAGAGAACGUGGUGGGCAUGAGCAAUGCCAGUGUCGCCCUCACUGUCUACUACCCCCCGCGUGUGGUGAGCCUGGAGGAGCCUGAGCUGCGCCUGGAGCACUGCAUUGAGUUCGUGGUGCGUGGUAACCCGCCGCCGACGCUGCAUUGGCUGCACAACGGGCAGCCUCUGCGGGAGUCCAAGAUCAUCCAUGUGGAAUACUACCAGGAGGGAGAGAUUUCCGAGGGCUGUCUGCUCUUCAACAAGCCCACCCACUACAACAAUGGCAACUACACCCUCAUUGCCAAAAACCCACUGGGCACGGCCAACCAGACCAUCAAUGGCCACUUCCUCAAGGAGCCCUUUCCAGAGAGCACGGAUAACUUUAUCUUGUUUGACGAAGUGAGUCCCACACCUCCUAUCACUGUGACCCACAAACCAGAAGAAGACACUUUUGGGGUAUCCAUAGCAGUUGGACUUGCUGCUUUUGCCUGUGUCCUGUUGGUGGUUCUCUUCAUUAUGAUCAACAAGUAUGGUCGACGGUCCAAAUUUGGAAUGAAGGGUCCCGUGGCUGUCAUCAGUGGCGAGGAGGACUCAGCCAGCCCACUGCACCACAUCAACCACGGCAUCACCACGCCCUCGUCGCUGGACGCCGGGCCUGACACUGUGGUCAUUGGCAUGACCCGCAUCCCGGUCAUUGAGAACCCCCAGUACUUCCGUCAGGGACACAACUGCCACAAACCGGACACGUAUGUGCAGCACAUUAAGAGGAGAGACAUCGUGUUGAAACGAGAACUGGGUGAGGGAGCCUUUGGAAAGGUCUUUCUGGCCGAGUGCUACAAUCUCAGCCCAACCAAGGACAAGAUGCUCGUGGCUGUGAAGGCGCUGAAGGAUCCCACCCUGGCUGCCCGGAAGGAUUUCCAGAGGGAGGCCGAGCUGCUCACCAACCUGCAGCAUGAGCACAUUGUCAAGUUCUAUGGGGUGUGUGGCGAUGGGGACCCUCUCAUCAUGGUCUUUGAGUACAUGAAGCAUGGAGAUCUGAAUAAGUUCCUCAGGGCCCAUGGGCCAGAUGCAAUGAUCCUUGUGGACGGGCAGCCACGCCAGGCCAAGGGUGAGCUGGGGCUCUCCCAAAUGCUCCACAUCGCCAGUCAGAUCGCCUCGGGCAUGGUGUACCUGGCCUCCCAGCACUUUGUGCACCGAGACCUGGCCACCAGGAACUGCCUGGUUGGAGCAAAUCUGCUAGUGAAGAUCGGGGACUUCGGCAUGUCCAGAGAUGUCUACAGCACGGAUUAUUACAGGGAAGGGCCAUACCAGAAGGGCCCGUUCAGCGUGGCGUGGCAGCGGCAGAGGCUGGCAGCAACGGCAGCUUCCACACUCUUUAAUCCAUCUGGAAAUGAUUUUUGUAUAUGGUGUGAGGUAGGAGGACACACCAUGCUCCCCAUUCGCUGGAUGCCCCCUGAAAGCAUCAUGUACCGGAAGUUCACUACAGAGAGCGAUGUGUGGAGCUUCGGGGUGAUCCUUUGGGAGAUCUUCACCUAUGGAAAGCAGCCAUGGUUCCAGCUCUCAAACACAGAGGUCAUUGAGUGCAUUACCCAAGGUCGUGUUUUGGAGCGGCCCCGAGUCUGCCCCAAAGAGGUGUAUGACGUCAUGCUGGGGUGCUGGCAGAGGGAACCCCAGCAGCGGCUGAACAUCAAGGAGAUCUACAAAAUCCUCCAUGCUCUGGGGAAGGCCACCCCGAUCUACCUGGACAUUCUCGGCUAGCGGUGGAUGGCGGUCAUGAAUUCAUACUCUGUUGCCUCCUCUCUCCCUGCCCCAUUUCUCCCUUCCACAACUCCUUCCAUCCUUGACUGAAGCAAACAUCUUCAUAUAAACUCAAGUGCCUGCUACACAUACAACACUGAAAAAAGGAAAAAAAAGAAAGAAAAAACCCUGUAAAGCAGUUUGGCAUAAUAUAUAUAUAUAUAUAUAUUUAUAUAUCUAACUAUCUAUCAAUCUAUAUCUACAGAGAGAUACCUUCUCUAGUACAUGGAGAAGCUGCUGAUACACAAAACCACAAGACUUUAACAACUCAGAGACUCUAAAAUAUUAAUAAUAAAAAGGAAAAUUCCCUUCGACUUAAGCUGUGGCCCGUGCUUCUAAUGCCACAGCUUUUCGGCACAGAAGACCUGGACCAUGCAGAGAGACAAUCUUUGGGUUGGAGCUUUGGGACGGGAGGGGCUCAGGUGGUGCUCAGUUGCUGCUGUGUGUACCUGUUACCCCAGAAGCUCACCACAGGCGCCUGGGGGCACCGCAUGGCUGCGCUCAGCAACGAAGCGAUGCUGGAGCAGGGCCCUUGCCUCCACUUCUUCCCCAUUUCCUCCACUUCAGGACAACGUUCUCAUUUGUCCAUUCUAAAGAGUGUCAUCUUGAUGCUUUUGGGACUCGACGAUGGCACCUACGGGUAAACGCAGAACAGACAACCCCACAACUCAAAACCAUGAUGAGAGCUGACUGCAUCCGUCCUGGGUGUAAGCGUCUGGCUGGAGUUGCAAAGGAAGUGUCUUUCUAUUCUCAGACCUUAAAGAACUGGACUUUCUGGACUCAAAGAACCACAGAAGACAAAAUAGCUGAAACCUGAACCCUGCCAAGACACUGCCACCUGUCUUUUCCAUCAUUGCAAAGACUCCUUGGCCUCACCUUCCAUUUUCAGGCCCCCGGGAAGCUGAGGGGGUUAGGAAACCGGGUCUCCCACGUUAUCUUUGAAUGUAGACACAGAGGGCUUUAGGGUUGCAAUAGCAAGAGGCUUGGUUGCUUGUAGGUCAUUACAAAGAAUGGCCGCUGGUCCUCAGUUUCUUAUCCUGCUUCCCUAGAUCCUAGACCCCACUUCCUGGGUAAACCCCACUGCCAGGGAAGGAAGGCAGGUCUAGUGAGAGGCUGGAGCAGCGAGUGUUUCAGGGAACCAAGCAGUGGAGUGGGUGAGAGCCAGCAGAGGAGAAUCUACUUGGCACCUGCGCCAGGCUCCUUGGCAUUCUCCUCACGUUUCCAGCCCCUGGGAGGAUGGAUGCAUCUGCCUUUGAGCUGUUGUGAAAACGCAAGGGCUGAGAAAUCACUUUUGUGGGCUGGGGUAGGGGGAAGAGCUGAGGCUUCUCUGGGAGAUGUCCAAUGAGCAGCCAGUGCUGCAGGCUUGGCAUCUUAAUGAGGACUGAGGCCUGACCCGAGAGAGGGAAGGAAACAUCUGGGCUGGGGCCAGCUCCCUCUGCCCCAGCACCAGGGAAUCACUGCCUUCCUGGCUGCCGCCACAGACCACAGUGGAGCUAACCUCUGGGCCUCCAUGUCACAUGACGCAUGGAAGCCAACAGCCUGGCCCCACAGAGCUCUUCUGCUGGGGAGGAGAGGAUGUGCUCCUCCCAAGCCAGGCCCCUCCACCUCACCCCAAGCACAGAGCUACCUAAUGGACCGACCUUUGCCAAACUGGAGCUCCCCCCGGCAGCCUCUGGCCUGCCCUUUUCCCUGCCAGCAGUCUGGACGUCCUGGUUCGCUGAAGGCAGCUGAAACGUGUGCCUCCCUGUGUGGGGUUUAGGACUGAAUUAUGUGUUUGUGGUUUUGCUUCUUUUUGUAGACCCACAAAUAUUUUUAUUUGAAUAGUAAAGAGCUGUGCUCA